UGUCGGGUGGGUCCCGUUUUGCGUGGAUUUCGUGAAUGGUUGGUGGUUAUAUGAGUAUUUUGGGAUAAAUUUGUGUUGUGUUACACGAAGACUACUCUUAUUCAUGUAAAUCAACAGCUUAAUGAUUUGUCUUUGAGUUGAAGUGUUACAAUUUUACCUUCCGUCUUCAAGCAGUGAAGAACCUGCCUACUCCACAGCAAAUGCCAAACAUACGAUCAGCUCUGAGAUAACGGCCACCUCGGACUUCAUCUGCAUAGCAUUGCCGGCCAUGGACUCUGAGAAGAAAGAGUUCGAGAAGAUGGUGAACAUGAUCUGCCGGAAGAUGGCGCACAUCAUCGUGGAAUCCCGCCUGGGUAAAAAGAUCCACACGCCAUGCAAGGUGCACGCAGAUGGUCCGGACUGGUUCAACCUGUCCACGGACGACAUGCCGGACGUGGUGAAGGAGGUGAAGCGGCUGCUGGCCUCCUCGGGCGGCCUCUCGGACCCGGCGUCGCCGCUCUCCAGCUUUUGCGUGGAGAUCUCGCUGAAGACUGCCGACGGCGUGCCGCUGGUGCUGGAGCAGUGGUCGCUGACGCUGGACCGCUCGGCCGGCACCGGCGCUCGGCCCUCCACCAACGUCAUCAACCAGCUGGGAAUCCUGCUGAAGUCGCUGGUGGUGACCACGCGCCUAACGACUGCGUACAAGCUGUCCCGCCAGCAGAGUCAGGAGUCUCACAUCAUCUUCUACAAGAUCUACAUCGGCGAGCCAGACAUUCAGAGCCUGGGCGAGGCGAGCGAGCAACUGGCGAUCGGCGAGGUGUGCACGCCCAACUGCAGCUUCAGCCUGGCGCUGCACCACCGCACGCGGCUGGCGCUCUCCACACACUCCGAUCCGAUCGUGAUGAAGAGCGACCACUUCAAGCCGGAGCUGAGCCCGCGGGUGCGCCGCGUCACCGCCUUCGUCGAACGGCGGCACAGUGACAGCGUCGAGAUGAUCGGCGUGUCGUCCUCGUCGUCCUCCAACAUGGACACCAAGACCACGGGCGGCUCCUCCACAGACAGCGACCAGCGGCGGCGUGUGGCGGCGUUCGCCGACGAUCCGGGGGAGCGGCCGCCCGCGGCGGCCGAGACGCCGUCCGCCGCGCCCGACGACUUUGUCAUGGUAGAGUUGCGGACGCCGUUCAGCGAGUCGGACUCGGACAGCGAGCUGGGCGCGUUCUUCCGGCAGUGGCAGGCGGCGCCAACGCUGCCCACGGUGGCGGAGCGGCGCCGCUCGCUGGGCUCGGCCGCGCCCGCCGUCGACCCGCAGCUCGUCUCGCUCACGCACCAGCUGCAGACGUUCCAGCUGAAGUCGCGCGAGUACGACGAGAUGAUCGCGCAGCUCUCGCAGACAGAGCUGGACGGCAAGUAGCCGGCUGUGCGCCGCUCUCAGGGACUGCGCCGCGCCGGCGGUCGGCGACGGCUGUGCUGUGGCGUCGCGACGGAGCUUAGACGCGUGAGAGGCCUGUGUUGCGCUCGCGCCGUGUUGGUGUUCGCUCGACUCCGCUGCCAAUCUGCCGCAGUUCGCUGGGGCUGGGGCGGCCUCGGUCCGCCGCGAGGCACCGGCUCCGCCGCCGGCGACACGCCCUCGUACCGCCUUCGUGAAGUUUAUUUGGGCAGAAUUGCCCCGUCGCUCGCGGCAUGCUGAGGACGCGGCCCGUCGGGGCGUGCGGCGACACACAGUGGUUCGUACAAGAGAGCAGGCGGCCGCUGCGGGAAAUACACGAGUCGACCCCUGCUGGCUGCGUCGCCCGGCCCGACAGGCGGCCGCCACCGCCCGCGCGCGCGACAUGAGAGGUCACGGUCUACCGGUCCGGCCCGCGCGGCUUGGCGCAGACAAAACGGACCGUAAUAAAAAGAUCAAAAAUGA